ACUAUUAGCCACUCACCGACCUUGAGCAGAAAGCGCUAGCAGAAGUUGUUUGUAAAUCCCAAACUCAAAAGCGGGACUGCCCGUCAGUGGAGGCCCCAAUUUUCCCAGUCUAUCAAAAGGCGCUGCUUCUUACUGCAACAUCUCUCCAACGAUACUCCAACAUCACUCUCAGACGCAGGAACUGCCGAACAGUGACAGCGGUAGCCCCACUUCGGACGUUCUGGAAUCUACAUAGCCUGUGGACAUCAACACCGAUAAACAAAAGUGGGAAAGUGCAGCCGUAAGACCACAUCGUCGCCAAUAUGCCGGAAACAGUCCUCACCAAAUACCCUUUCAUCCUGGUCACCGUUGCAUCGCGCAAAGAAGGCCUUACACGUCAGCAAUUCUGGGAACACAACGAGACCAUCUAUGCCCCGCUGUUGAAGCAGACUGCUGGAGUAGUGCAUCCGCUUACAUGGACACGGCGAUACCACGUCGAGGACGACGACCUGCCCACGGGAGUUCCAAAGUACAUCCUCGGCACCCCUGACGGUCUUGAUUGGGAUUGCUUCGGCGAGAUGACGUUCGCAGACGAACUACAUUUACAGCAAUUUAUUGCUUUUAUGCACAGCGACAUCGCUGUGCCCAUCCUAGAAGAGGAGGAGAAGUUCUGCGAUGCUCCCAAUACGAAGCUGCUCGUGAUGAGAAGGGAAGUCAGUAUUGGCGAACGAGCACAAGUGCAGAAGCGGGACUGAGGAUAUUGAUUCAUUGACAUUGAUGGGCGAUGCGCGCAGCUUGUCUUUGGCAUGAAUGAGCGUUCAUUAGCAUUGCAUAUAUUGAAGCAGAUACUUACUAAGCGCCGGUUUCUAGCUUGUUGAUACAGGUUUUACACAACAUCAAUCUAUAGUUCAUCUCGCCUGCGCGGGUUGGCAAUGAUUUCAUCACACGACUUAUCAGGACUCAGUAUAUGCUCUAAUAGCCUA